AUGUGUGUGUGCGUGCGUGAUGCUCAGUGCCUGGUGUUCUCCCCUCCCUCUCCCUCUCCCUCUCUCUCUCUCUCUCUCUCUCUCUCUUUCUUUUCCUGCAGCCGGGGUGGGCGUGCAGUGCCCGUGACCCUCUCUCUCGCCCACACGCAACCCCCUUUUGUGUGUGCUUUUUUUUUUUUUGAUUUUUUUUUUUUUUGCGCCUCUGCUGCGGGAGCUUAUGGAUGGAUUGCGUUUACCUCCGCUCAUCGAGGAGGCUUUGGACUCCACAGAUGACGUGAGCGAGCUCAAAGCCGACAGCGUCACCGCCGAGGAGCGACCCGCGCUGGAGGGCGACGAGGCCGAGGAGGCGACGAUGGAGCGCGACGAGGUCGAGGAGGAGGAGGAGGAGGAGGAGCUGAGGGCACAAGUCCUGCAGCUCCUGCUGCAGCUGGAGGACGCCAGGGAGACGUCCACGAAGCACCACGAGAGCUUCGCCGAGCUGCAAGGUCUGUUGGAGGACGAGCGUCUGGCCAGCGCCCAUCAGGCCGAAGCCUUCACUCGACAGAUCCAGAAUCUGCAAGAGCGGGGGAGUACUUUGGCCACCUGCGAUCUUUCCCUUCCUCCAGCCCAGCUGCGCUCGGUGCAGGAGGAGAUGGACAGCCUGGAGGAGGAGAAGGAGAGCGAGCUGGCCGAGGCCCAGGAGGAGCUGCGCGCGGCCCGGGAGGAGGUGCUCCUGCUGCAGCAGGUGGCCGAGGAGGCGGCGGCCGAGCGCGAGAACGACAUCGCCUCCCUGCAGGAGGAGCUGUGCCGGCGGAGGGCCGAGCUCCAGCGCCUGGGCGACGAGACGCAGGAGUACGAGCUGGAGAUCACCACGCUGAGGGCCGAGAUCAGCAUGAAGAGCCGGCGCAGGGAGGCCGAGAGGAGCGGAGGCGACGUGGAUCUGUUGAAGGAGGAGUGCCGGACCCUGCGGGAGGAGUGCCAAGCCCUGAAGGAGGACAACCGGCGCCUCUCAGAGAGGCUGCAGCUGCUCCGCAGGCAGAGGACAAGCUGGCUCCUCAGCAGUUCUCCUUUUGGUCCUCCUCCUAGCUCCAGCGUUUACUUGUCCCUGAAAGAGGAAGACGCGGGCACCGAAGGCACCGAGGGCACCGAGGGCAAGGAGAUUGCGACGACUGAGAUUGUUGACGACGUCCUAACCGAGAGCUACAUGACCAUGGCCCAGUCGGACAACUGCCGCCUCGUGGACGCCUCCAUCCAGAAGAACAUUUCCUUCGACGGCAAGCCCGGCACGCCCACCGGCUGGAACGGCGGCAUCGGAGAGAUCUUCUCGCUCAGGGAGCAGCUGAAACAGGCCGAGGAGAAGGCCUCGAAAGUUCAGAGCGAGUGCGACGGGCUAAAGCUGGAGCUCCAGGAGCUGCAGGAGCUGUACGACAGCAGUCAGAGGGAGAGGAACGAACUGGAGGAGGAGCUUCAGCGCUGCAAGGCAGAGCUGGAGAAGUUGUCUGGAGGGGCUCAGAGAUUCAUCCAUCCGUCUGAGCACCCUGUUCUCUCCAUCCCCUUCAUAGGAAUGAUUGUAAUAGUGGCUGUGGUCUGGUGCUGGUUGUCGGAGUUGGCGUCCCAGAGAGCAAGGGGAGUGAGCUAGCCCGGAACUCCAUCUUGACGGUCACGGCGGCCGCCGCCGCGCUGCUCAUGACGGCUGGCUUGUUGAGGGCCCUCGUCCGAUGUUGAGCCACCGACCACUUUUCAAACAGACGCCGAGACGCCUCGACUCGGGAGCGGCCGGCGUCCGCCCGCUCACCUUCAACUGGAAUCCCCUCGAUGCGACGGCGCGAAGGUACGACACGUGCGCGGCGGAGGCUGAGGAGGAUCGCCAUGGCGACGGCUUGAGGACACUGUCACUCUUCUUCUGUGAAUAUUAGCUCUCUUUUAGCCUCGGAUGUGCAUCCAAUGGAUUUAUUGAAUCUUUAUUUAUUUAUUUUUCUUGGCUUCAAUAUUGUGUUUUUUCAAAAGUGAUAGUGUACAAAUUAUUUAAUUCAACUUGUGCCACAUUUGCUUUUUAAAGCCGACAAGUGGGAAAAGUAAUUCAUAGUGAGGGUAUGGGGUUAAAAAAAAAACAAAUAAAUAAAAAGUUAUGCGCAUGUAAAAUAUGUAAAAAUGUUCAGCAAUUUAAUUAAAAUAACAAUUUCCAUUUGCUUUUUGUUUCAUGACAGUGGUACAUUGACUUAACAACAUUUUUUCGGCAUCGCUUGGUGCUGCGAGCCCAAAUUUCAGUUAUGAGCCACCUCCAGAUAUGCCGCCGCUUGAGUGAAGUGAAAAAGAAAAAAAACCAAACGGGGCAGUUCAGGCAGUUUGAUGCCCGGGCUUGUGGGCAAGGAGAGCCACAGUCACCGAAGCACAAACAGGAAAUGAAAACACUCGCAAGGAGCAGCCGCUCAAACUGAACUAACCGCGCCGUAACCAGACUGAGUGCAGCUUAGCAGGCCACGCCCCUUAAAGGCACACGUCAACACACGAAUACUACAGUGUUUGUGUGGUGACUUUCAGCUUAAUUACAAUUUGUAAGUUUCUUUCUUUACAUUCACAUUAUGUUUUUACAUUGACAUGACAUUUCUAUUUCAUUAAAGCAAUGCAACUUUUGAUUUUUUAUUUUUUUAUUUUUAUUUUUUCCCUCCAGGACAGCUGGAACGGAUUGAUAGAAUUUCAGUUCAUUUCAAUGGGGAACAUUGAUUUGAGACCAUAUGAGUAAUUUCAGUAACAAGUCAAGGUACCACUGUAAUUAAGUUGAUGGUUAGUUGUACAUUUCCUAAAAUACAAUUUACAAAAUAUGAAAUGUAUGUAAAAUUAUUUUACUCAUAUUUGUAUCUUAUUGGUCCAGAGAAAAAGAAAUAUUUGAGUUUUGAAGACCAACAACUUUAAACAUUUCGUGCUUUAUUAUCAUGAUUAUAGUGCAAUUCCAGCGCUGUACUGCACAUAACGGUGAGGAGGCGCGCCAGACCCGGUUUUGUUCAUUUGGUGGACCGGCUUUUAAAGCGACGGAAUCGUCUCGCACGGAGACGUCGCGCCGCAACCUCUGCGUGAACGGCACAUUGAACGUUGAGCGGCUACCCUUACGAAUUACAGAAUGAGAUGGUGAAAACGGCGACUUAAAUAUGUUUGCGGACCUCAUGAACAUUAUCCGCAUCCCCUCCGACGAUCGUUUGUUUCUACCGCCACCCACCCACCGUCGCGCUACCAAACUGGCAAAACUACCCCACUGGGGCGCUACCAAACUGGCAAACACGCGUUGUUAGUUUUACGCUUGCACAAAAAUCAAAACGCGCAGGUUUUUUUUUUGCUGUGUUUUUUAAGAGGAAUCGAUAAGAGGAAUCGUUAGGUAAGCAAACAAACGAUUCCUAGGAAUCAAAUUAGUGAGAACUGGUAGUCAAAAAGAGUCAGUUUUUAAUUUCCAUCCCUAGUUAAGAGUGACUUUUUUUCUCCCUGAUCCGCUCGACCCUCGAUCAAUAAUAUUAAACUUGUUCAAUAUUACCGAUGACAAAAUCUCAGUGACUGUGUGAUUGUGAACUGAAAUGAAACGAUGGCUGAUUUUUUAUCAUCUUAACCGAGUUUUAAAACUUGCAUGAGGGUACACAAAUACCGAUAAUCAGGUCGAAUUUGAGCAUUUACCCCCCCGCCCGGCCCCCUUCUGAUCAAAGUCAGCGAAGGCCUAAUGAUCCGAUGUCUCGAUGAGAUCAUCCUGAGCGCUGACGAUAUUAUUGCGUGAUGUGGCCUGCGUUAUUUGUUCAAUAUAUAUAUAUAUAUUUUUAUACGGAAGGUCCACCAGCCGGCGUUAAUCUGGUACGUCUGCAACAGCGACGCGUAAUGAAGUAGUUUUCCCCAAAUAUUUUUUGGAUGGAAUUAUUGAAUCAACUAUGUAUUCGACGAUUUAAAAAUUCCCCUUUAGUGAUUAGGGAGCAGGGAAUGACGAACUGUAACUAUUGUCAACUAUUAAACCAUAGUUGAUUCUCGGGCUAAAACGAUGAAUCGAAUCGGUACGUGUGUACCCUGCUUUGGACCACCAACCAGACAAACGACUUUAAAGCUCCAUGAACAAAAUAUGUAUAUACGAAAAGUUUCUGUCCGUGCAAGGCUAUUGUUUACAUGUGUGAAAUCUUUUACUUUGUCUGUUUGUGGUAAGAAAAAAAAAGCAUGCGCAAAACUAUGGAAAGCUGUUUGAGCGUUUAUUCCAUACCCUUGAUCAGCAAGCUACUAGUGCGUGACCCCGUGCCUACUAGUUGCGCCAGGUAGUGUUCAUAGCGCAGCACCGAAGUUAAGGUUGAAUUGUGUACUAGUAAGCCAAAAGUGGCACGAUUAAAACAUGGCCGUUGCACUAGUGCGCCGGGUUUUCUGAGUAGCGAGGACAAAGAGUUUACUAGUCCAUGAACUUUUAAGUUGGAUAUCAAGGACAUGGAAUAAAUGCUCCAACCGCUUUCCAUUCAAAACUACAAUCAAUGUAUUUUCACGAUGAUGUCACUUGAUGAAUAUUUCAUGUAAAUAAGAAACUACACGGCACGAUACUGCGGAGCUAUUUCCGAAAAUUCCAUUUGUACUUGCUUUGUAGAAAGUUCUAUUUUAACAACAACAACAACAACAACAACAACAAAAGCACGUCAUAUAUUUGAUAUAGUCAAAUGUAAAAUGUCUAUUUAUGGUGACUUUGUUUGAAAAGAGUAAUAAUCCGAAUAAUAAUAAGGUGUAAGUUCCCAGGUGGUGUCGUGUGGCUGCAUGCGUUGACGAUGCCAGUUGACGUGUCUCCUCGUGACCACGACGCGACAUUGCAAGAGGGGAAAUCAAAAAUGUCUUUUUACUGUCUGUGGAUGCAAAGCGACGGCGCACAGCUCGCAAUUAAACUUACUGCAACACAA